AUGUAUUUGAUUUUGUCAGCAUUAACAAUUUGCUCUUACGCAAUCGCUCCUCAUGUGUUGACGUAAGGACCCUUCACAGAAACUAAAGAGACUUUUCAAUUCACAUAGCUCUUGGAUCACAGUGACCCUGCCAAUAAUCAAACAUGGCAAUAGAGAUACCAUGUGUAUUCUCAAUAUUAUAAUCCAACUAAAGGUGGAGUGAUCUUAUAUAUUUGUGGAGAAUGGAAUUGUUAAGGUGUAAGUGAUAAUUCAUUCUCCUUUUAAUUGGCUAAAGAUUUAGGUGCAAUUGUUAUAGCAUUAGAACACAGAUUCUAUGGACAAUCUCAACCAUUUGGAGCAGAUUCAUGGAGUUUGGAAAACUUGUCUUAUUUAAAUGUUCAUCAAGCCUUAGAUGAUCUAGCCUAUUUUAUAUUGUAAAUGAAGAGACUUCAACUUCAUAACAUCGAUUCUACAUUGCCUUGGUAUAUAAGAUAUCUUAAUAUAUAUAGGUAUGCAAUUGGAGGUUCAUAUCCUGGGGCUUUGUCAGCUUGGUUCAGAUACAAAUACCCUCAUUUGACAGUUGGUAAUUUGGCUAGUAGUGGAGUCAUCAACACAAUUCUUGACUUUUGGUAAUUCGAUGAUCAAAUUAGAAAAAGUACUAGCAAAAGUGGUGAAUAGUAUAUAUUUAUAAAUUAACAUACUCUAGAUGUCCACUCUACUUAUAGUUAUUGAAUAGUUAUGUUGAUAAGAAUUUAAAGAAUUUCAAUACUAAAUAGGCAUUCAAGGAAUCCUAUAGAUGUGGAAAAAUGACAGACAACGAAUUCAGAUGGUUCUGGGUUGAUACCAUUGUUUAAAUGGUCUAAUAAGGAAAGAGAACAAAGUUUUGUUAAACUCUUGAAUCUUUACCAUCCAUUGAAAGUAUGGCUGAAUACAUUAAGGAAAUUGCUCUAUCUUAAGGAGAUAGUUAUAAACAAUAUGGUGCUUAUUAUUUAAGAAAUGAGACCAUUGAUGAGAAUUCCCAACAUCGUUAAUGGUAUUUCUAAUGCUGUACUGAAGUUGCUUAUUUAUAAACACCUCCAUAAGUAUAAUUAAAAUCAAAUGAUAGAAUAAAAAUUCUUUAAGAUCUUAUGAAAUGACAUUAGAUUGGUGGAGAGAAUGGUGCAAUGAUGCUUAUUCUUAGGGAGAAAUAAUUUGGCCAGAUGUCAGAGUCACUGAAGCUUAUUUUGGAGGUUUGAAUUUGAAUGUUGAUCAUUUGAUUAUGACUAAUGGAGGUGAAGAUCCUUGGUAAAGAGCAUCUUUGACUAAUAAAACUAAAGCUAAUAGCAAAGUGAUAACUUAUUUAAUUGAUUGUGAUGAUUGCUCUCAUUGUGUUGAUUUGAAAGCUCCAAGUGCUAAUGAUCCAGCAAUUUUGACAUAAACUAGAUAAACCAUAAAGAACACAUUUAAAUAAUGGCAUGAUUAAUUUUGGAGUAAAACUCUGAUUGAGUGAA